AAGACGCGGCGAGUUUAAUUUUGCUCAGCGGUGCAGCGACAUUAAAUAUUGUCAGAAACUCGCAGCGUGUCCUUUCAGUAUAUUUAAAUGAACGUAUACGUGAGCUAUUGGAUUGUUCCAGUAGUUUUGAUUGCUCUCUGUGGAUGAGUUGGUAAUAAUUUGACUUCUUUUAGCCCUCGGCGACUUGUGGAAGCUACAUGUCGGCUAGGCUAGGCGACUUGAUUUCUGGCCUGAAGACUUUGGGGAUGUUUUCGCUGAUUUCAAUACAGUUUUCUGCACCGUUCGCGGAGUUUGGCAGUGGUUGGCUGUUAUUCCUCUUAGCUAACUUCAUAAUGAGCAGUUCGACAGAUUGAACUGGCAAAAUACUGUUACCAUGGGAGAUAAAGAGCUCAGCCUUAUUGACAAGCAGGUGACAAGUUUAAAAGAUGUUCCCCUGAGUCCUGCUGUUACGUCUCUUAAUCUGCACUGCAAUCACAUCCCGAGUAUCGAGGGCCUGUCAUCUGCUUGGCAUUUGCACCACUUAGACCUUUCUUCCAAUCGCAUAUGUAAGAUUGAGGGUUUGAGUUCCCUCACCUCCCUCAGGACUCUGAAUUUAUCAUCCAACUUAAUCACAAAGGUUGAAGGAUUGAAUGGCCUUGUGAACUUGAAGAAAUUAAAUUUGUCCUACAAUCAGAUAAAUAAUGUUACAGGUUUACUGUAUCUUCAUGGCACUGAGUACAAACUGAAGCACCUCAGUCUUCAUGCCAACCUCAUAGACAGCAUCGAUCAUCUUCUGCAGUGCCUACUGGGGUUACAAGGCUUACGAAGCGUCACUUUAAACCAGGAUGGUGGAGACAACCCCAUCUGCAUUGCACCAGAAUACUGGGAAAUUGUUAUGGAGUCGUUGCCACAGAUUUCUGUCCUGGAUGGCCUGGACCGACUCAGACAUCCUUCGUCUCCAGGUAUAAGCAGUGACAUCCCCGGGCUGGAUGACUAUGUGGACUUUUUGCUUUCCUCCGAUACAAGCCACGGUGAAGCGGUUAGGGGUGCUGUCACCACGCCACGCAUCGACAAGGCACUAACUCAGUUUCGGCAGCAGAUCGCCUCAGAAAAAACAACAGACCCAGCCACAGGUCCAGUCACCCAACCAGUCCGUCAGAACUCCCAACCAAUUUGUCCCACUGUUACUGUUUCACCUGACCCCAUCAAUGAAGAGCGCAUCAGGAAGCUGGAGCACCAGGUGUCGCAGCUCAUCCAGCAGGCCCCUGCAGGUGAAAGAGUAGGUAUCUUUACUUAUGCUCAGACGAAGGUACGCAAAGCCAAGAGGGACACAGACCAGACAUCAGAAAGCGAAUGUGACGGGAAAGAAAACAAAAAACACACAAGAAUUUCCAAAUUCCAUAACACGACGACGACAAGCACGACCACCCAGGAGUCCAAGAGCACCAGAUCAGACAGCGAUCAGGAGAAUCGUAAACUGAACAUGUCAAAGUCUGCUGUGGGGACCAGAAGAAAGGCUGCUGGAGCCAGAGCUGCACAGUCCAUUUCUCAAACCUGGAAGCGACCUCUGAGAGCAGUUAAGACCUCUGGCGGUGUAACAGUCAAGUCCUCUCAAGAAGAAGAAACCUAUAGGAUAAUCAUGGAGGAGCGCGAUCAGGAAAUGGAGAGGCGUUGGAAGGCAGAACAAGCUGUGAGGAAGCUGACAGAGGAGCUGAAAUGCCUGCAGACAAAAGUCAGCGAGGAAAAAGACCUUCAGAGUAUGGCCCUGCACACCACAGACAGACUGAAGGAGCUGCUGCUGAAAGAGAGAUCGGGACGCUCUGAGCUGCAGGCUCGUGUUGAGGAGCUGGAGACAAGGUGUCAGUCUCUUAGCCGGCAGCUGGAGCAGACCCGGAGCAGUGAGGAACAACACAGGGCUGCGCUGCGAAGACUGGAGGAAAGCGUCUCCCAUGGAGACGCUCUCAGGGCUCGCCAGCAGGCUGAGGAGAUGAAACGUCACCAGGAGCUGGAGAACAAGGCAGCAGCUCUGAAGAGGGAGCUGGACAUCCAGAGAGUUUCUGUCCAACAACACAAAGACAAACUACAGCAGCUGCAUGAACUGCUAGCAUCCAGGGAGCAGGAGCACAGAAAACAGCUGGAGCUGCGGCUGCAGCCCGGCGGGGCAGAUUUCCAGCAGGCGGUGUCAAAGGAAGUAGCAGCAGUGGAACAGAGACAUCAGCAGAGGGAGGCGGAGCUGCAGGAGAAGCUGGCAGAGGGCAGGAAGCUGUACGCUGCUCUGGAGGACGAGUUCCGUAUGGCGCUAACCAUCGAGGCAAAUCGCUUCUCCGAGGUGAAGGAGGCUUGUGAUCAUAUGACUGCAGAGCUGAUGGAGCUCAAGACGAGCCUUGCUCAGACCCAGCAAAAGGAGAAGAAAUCAGGCGCUCUGGUGCAGGAACUCACCGCAAUGGUGAAAGAACAGAAGACCCGAAUCUCUGAGCUCAUCAAAGCCAAGAAAGAUGCUGUUGCUGAGCUCAAGAACCGUGUGCAUUACCUGGAAGCAGAGGGAGAGCAAAGCCAGCGUUUAGGGCUGCAGCUCGAGAUGCUGAAGAAAGAAAAGGCACGGCUUGUGUCUCAGCUCACAGCUCAGGAGUCGGUCAUUGACGGCUUGCGGGCUGAGAGGAGGAUUUGGGGCCAGGAGCUGGCUCAGCAGGGUGCGUCGUUGGCUCAGGAUCGUGGACGUUUGGAGGCCAGGAUAGAGGUGCUGACUGCUGAGAUGGAGACUCAGAGAAAACAGAACGACAGAGACCACGAUGCCCUUAGAAUCAAAGCCAAAAUCGUGGAUGACCAGACUGAGACCAUUCGCAAACUAAAAGAGUCAUUGCAGGAGCGUGACGAUCUGAUCCGCAGGUUGAAGGAGGAGGCUGUGCAGACCCAAAUAAAGUUUCAGCAGCAGCUGGAGGGUGAAACAAGCCAGAGGCCUGAGCUGAAAGAGCAGCUGGUACAUCUUAGCCUGCGUAAAGAGGAGCUGAAGCAGCAGCUGGAAGAUAAGGAAGCAGAGCUGGAGGAUGUCAAAAGAAUUUACAGUGAUUCAAACAAGAAGUGGCAGGAGAAGGCAGAGCUGCUAACUCGACUUGAAAGCCAAGUGAAGCGUAUGAAGGAAAAUUUUGAUUCCAAGGAGCGCCUGCUACUGGAAGAAAGAGAGAAAGCAUCAGAGGCACACAAAGCUGCAGUGGACAAGUUGCGCUGUGUGGAUGAUGCUUUUCGUCGGCAGCUGGAGUCUGUCCAGGCCGCACAUCAAGCCGAGCUGCUGCAGCUGUCUAAUGAAAAGCAAAAACACAUAGAACAAGCUAGUCUAAAGGUAUAUGAAGUAGAGGAAGAAAUGCGUCAACUCCUGGAGGAGACGGAGGCCAGCAAGAAAGUCAUGGAGGAAAAAAUGAAGCGCCUUACAAAUGUGCUAAAAGACUUUUAACACAUAAAAUGUCAACAACAUGACCACCGGACAGUUUUUAUGCUGAAUUUAUUUUUACAGAUGCAACUGUAUUUUU